UAUGACGCAAGGAGCUCCUUGAUGAAGUUAGUGAAGAGAAUCGAGCAAAUGGUGGCGCCCCAACCAUGCGAGCAGUUGCUGUCGACUCCAAGAAGUCUUCACUCUUAUUUUCUAACAAAGAAGGAAAUCAAUUGAAUGACUGCUUUUUUUUUUUUUUUUUUAAACCUUGACUCGAGUCACAUUUUCUUUCUAUCUAAAGUAACAGCACUGCUCUACCACAGGCCAGAUUUUUUUGGGGGUUUUUCACAACGCUCGUGGAGUCCUCCCCUGGACGUACCCGAAACUGGAGACCGCGGAGUCACAUUGCAGUUGUCAAAACGCGGCAUAUGCGGUGUGUUGGAAAAUAAACGGAGGAUUUCGAUGUACAGGAGCUCCUGACUUGCACUUGGCAUGGUCAAAGCGAUCGGGAAGGUCGGAAGCGGACCGUGACGACGAGCAGAUCCGAGCGACAGCUGGACCGGCUGGCUCCACGUGACGUAGGAAAAAAAAGUGGAGGAAAAAGAACCCGGUGGGACACAAAACCUUUCCCGUCGAGACAAUUCGCAAAACUGGCUCCUUUCGACUUUCGAAGGACGUGCGCUUUUGGUUUUUACACUCUCCCGAGUACUUGGUGCGUCCAAGGCCGCAACGCCGCCACCUGCUGCAGAUGAGGGCAACCUCCCCGCCCCCACCCCGAGCCGCCUGGCUAAGAGUGAUGAGAGUGAGACAUAGAAGAAGAAGAAGAAGAAGAGACGAAAGCCCUCCCACCCACGUAAGGUGGUCCUGUCAGUCGGGAGUUGACUGACUGAGUAAACAAAUCUGGGAUCGGACUCCGGAAUGUGCCGGGGCCGGAGGCCACAACCCAUUCUUCACAUCUCACAACAGCAUUCGGCUCCACGCCGUCGUCCCCUCGGUGCGCCUUCUUGAGCGUUCUUCAGCCAGGAGUGUUGUUAUCGCCAUUAUCGCCGCGGCUGGCUGUUAGCAGACACUUAUCGCGGGCGCGCAGAUGUCUCUCGAUUUGAGCAAAACGGCCAGCCAGGAAGUCGUCGCCCUGCUCGGCAAGUGCCUCGGGACCGCGGCAGCAGCAGAAACGUCUGCGCGAGUCGCUGAGGCCGAGAAGCACAACUACUGCAGUGUCAGAGAUUCCCUGUGCGUGGAGCUGGCGUCGCUUCUGCAGGAAGCCGUGGAAAUGAGGUGGCCCUUUGUCCCCGAGAGGUGGCAGUACAAGCGGGCCGUCACCUCGCAAGACAAAGGCGACCUGAACCGCCUCGUAGGCCGCCAUCUGCCGCAGCUCCUGCGCGUCCUGGAGGCCGCCAUCCUGGCCCGGGAAGCCGCCGCCGCGUUGGCUGUCAUAUUUUUGGCGGACCGCUUCCUCUACUGGACGGACGAGUCCGCCACGUUGUUGAAAAUCACCAAGCUGCUUCACAGACGCUACCGAGACGCCCCCGUGGCCCCUCAGUUGGUCAUACGACGGGCCCGGGUCUACCUCAACUCAGGUGGCUUUGACGCUCGCUUGUCUUCAGUUCGACGGCGCCGAGUGACGCCGAUCGUCACGUGUCCUUUAGGCAAACUGCAGAAGGCCGAGUCCAUUCUGAGCCAUCUUAUCAUCGACGGCGGCAACACGGGAUGUUGGGUGUACCGUUCCGAAAGCGACCGGGCUCUCGUGCAGGCCGUUUGUCUGCAAGUGCGAGGAAUGGUCGUGCAAAAGCUAGGUCUGUGGAUGGAGGCGGCGCAGCUCAUCUGGGCUUCUCUGGUCGGGUACCACGCGCUGCCUCGACCGGAUAAAAAGGGCAUCGGAACCUCUCUCGGCAUCCUGGCUGACGUGCUGCUGUCCAUGAGCGAUGAGGACUUCCGAGCUUUUAAGACCUCCCCGGACGUUGAUCUAACUUUGCUCGGCGAGGCGUCCCACCGUCUCCUGUCCGCAGCCGAGGCAGCCAAAAUGGCGGCGGUAUACAGCCAGUACGGGUCGCUCUACGUGCUGACCAACGCGACAGUCCAAGGGACCUGCUUGUUGUCAUACAGUUUCUCAGCGGCGUGUCUCCCCGCGAAGAGGCCCUUCUUCCUCUUGCAGGCCAAGGAGGCCUUUGAAGUGGGCCUCCAGGCCACAGCCGAGGGCGAGGCGGUCCCCAGCAAGCAGGAGCUGCACACCUUCGUCAAGGCGGCUUAUUCGCUCGCCGUCACUCACAAAUGGCUUGACGGAUCAUCCGAGGCCGUGACGCGCUCGACGCGGGCUUGCCGAGAGGCUUUGGCCUGCCUUCACGAUUACUGCCACGCAGACACCCGGGAGCGAGGCGGCUUCUCCGACAAAAUCCUGGGCUUGGUGGCUCGAGUCAAGCUGGAGUUGCGCGUGGAGCCGUUUGUCAAUUCGGACAGCCUCUCUUUUAUCCCCGAUAGCUUCAGAAACACCAGUGACGCUUUGGUCGCUUUCACUUUGGAUGACUUCUCCGGGCUGCUGCGCAGAUUUCACAAGUAUCACACGUCAUUGUGCGCGACCGCAAACGCAAGAUGUAAGGCCGGGAAAGAGGAAGUAGAUGGAGCCACGAUGUGCGUUACGGCCUUUGGGACCACAGAGGCUGAAUACAACAUCGAGGCCUGGAAACUUUCGAGAGGCGCUCAGGCUGAUGUUUCCCAACUCGCUGAGCUCCGCCCCGCUGUCGCUGUCGGGAGCCCAGACAGUCUCGGCUCUUCCCGGAAGAAAAUUUCCUCGACAAGUUCUGGGUCAGGGAGGUGUGCCAUUGACAGCUCCACAAUCCCGAGACUUGCCACCCACUUGUCUUCCGACGCAAGUCACAGUCCUGACAGGUUUGAAAUAGUCGAAGCGGAAAUACCAACCGUGGGCUCUGAUGCCCCCAACGGUGAGGACGGUCCACCGGACCCACCGUCGCGGUCCGUCUCCCAGCUGAUCGAGCUCCGAUCGAACUAUCUCAGCGACAGUUUUGGCUCCAAGUCUUCGUGGGAAAACAUCUCAAGAACGUCCAGGUCUGCGGGAAGCGGCCAGAGGAGUGAACUGUCGGAGUCCAGUGGGAGCUUCUUUCUCAUGAAAACGCAGGACUGCCAAACCAGUGAUCCAGAGAAUGACCCAGCUUCUGGGUGGGAGUUCUUGUCCAUGCCCAAAGCGCUGGAGAGCCCUGUGGCAAACACUGGGAACUGUAGCACCACCGAACCCUCGACGGAAAAUUCUCACUGUACACCGGAGGAGUUGGUCCUCGGUCCUCAAACGUCGAAUCCUGGGUGCAGUAGUUGCCUCAAGAGCAACGACCCGCCACGUGUCGCUCCAGCGAGGCAGUACUUGUUGUCCCCGGCGGACUACCGCAGCCUCCUGGCCGGGAUUUGCCACGACUGUCUGCUGAAGAGGCUGAGCAGCGACAAGCGGAAGUUCAAACUUCACAGCGCACAGCACAGCACGGCCCACGAUGCUCUACAGUUAAAGUUCUCCAAAGCCUCCGGACUGUGGACAGCGAGGGAGACCUGUGCCUACAUUGGCCAAUCGAUGGGCUUGCAGGGCACCCACCGAACCGCCAUCUGGGUCCGGUUCUUGCACCAGGAGGAAAGGCUGAGCAGUUACGUGGGGAAGGACUACCGGAAGCCGACGCAGAUCCAGUUUCACCUGAGCGACGUGGAGAGGCAGAUGACGGCGCAGUAUUAUGUGACACAAUUCAACAAGAGCCUUUAUGACAAGGAGGUCACGGCCCAGAUGUUCUUCCUGCCCUCGGAGGUCCUCUUGAUUUUGGAUGGAGAUGAGAUCGCGGGCUGCAUCACCGUGGAGCCCUACAUGUUCGGUCAAUUUGUCAAGCUCACCAACAACAUCAGAAAGAAGAACGACAAGCUCCCCGCGACGGAAUACGGCCUGGCCUUCGGACAUUUCACCUACCUGCGCUCCAACUGCCGGGACGUCGUCGUGGACUUGCAAGGGUGGGUGACGGCCAACGGCCGAGGGCUGACUUACCUCACGGACCCCCAGAUACAUUCCGCCGGAACCCCCCGCGGCCCGUCCAACCUCGGUCAGAGCGGAAUCCUUUCCUUCCUGCGGGAGCAACACGGACCCGAGUGCAACGCGGUUUGUCGGCUGCUCGAGCUGCCCCCGUUGCCCGCGACGGCCAAAGUCGGGAACUGACAUUUCGCCGCAAUGCCGUCUUGAAGUCACUCCAUCACGUGAGACGGGAUUUUUCCAUCGCAUUGGAUUAUUAUUUCUUGUGCCGGAUUCGUUCUGUUUUCAAAGCGGAGGCGCAGCGUUAGCCCUCCAAAUGUAGUCCGACCGGUUUGAGACCGUGAAUAAAAGUCACCUGAGGGUGACCUGAAUUGCA